CUCCCUCCUCCUCUGCCCCUCUGUUUCUCUCUGUCUCUCUCGCCACGACGUUUUCCGGGGUCCCGAUGGUUCUGGGAAUGCCCGCCGGCGUCCCUUCUUCUCUUCUCGUUGGCUCAGGUGAGGGAGGAGGAAUCUCGGGUCCGUCGUGCUUGAGUCGGCCGCGGCUUCCUUGGCGUCGCGUUUUGGGGGCGUGAAUGCGUUCCGGUCGAAUUCUGUUCCGUUUCGUUUGUUGGGUGCCGGAGGUUGCUGCAUGUUCUUCUCGUUUCCGGUGCUUUUUUAUUCGACUUUCGUCUUCUCUCUGCAGCUAAAGAUCCGAUUUUUAUUUUUUAUUUAUUUUUGCCUCCCACGUAAUUACGAUCCGCUCCGAGUGUGGAAUGAGCGUGAAGUCUUUGUUUCGUUUAGACGUUGAAUUCCGGGCUACGGGAACUUGCGGGAUUUUGAUUCGUUCUGGCACUGGCAUUUGCAUGGAUAUAAAUAAAAAGUUUCGAAGAUCCGCUUUUAGUUUGUUCUUGCGUGAGUUUAUGGCUAGUUCCUGCCGGGGAUGUCUUUGGUUUCUGAAAAAUGCGUGAGUGGCUUUGCUCGAUUCCCACCGGAGAUCGCGUAUCAGGUCGAGUAGAUUGUUCUGUGCUUGGUUCCAUUAUAAAUGCGGACUAGUUACUGAUUCGAAAUGCGUUGUGUUUUUUUAUGAGCAAGAAGGAAAGCUCGUUGGACUUGGAUAGUAGAAAAAGUCUGGCAAACAUGUUGGAAGCUCUAUCUUACCUUGUUAUGCGACACUUGCCUAGCUCGUGCCAGGAAGAGAGCAGAUGGGUUUAUAAUACUUUUCGUGUGCUUGAGCAUUCGAAACAAUUGGAUGAUGCAGAUGAAUUCUCACUGACAAAGUUUUCCAGGCCACUGGACACACAUUACAGGUGGGAUACGAUGCGGCGUGCUCAGGAUCGCUCUGUCUCCAAAGCUGCUCGAGUUGGUGACAAGCAUCAAGCCGGCGAGAAAGAGGACUCGAGUUCCCUCAUCCAUCAGAUUGGCCGCGAUAACUCCAUCAAUUGCCUCCUCCGCUGCUCGAGGUCUGAUUACGGCUCCCUAGCGGCUGUGAACCGGAGCUUUCGUUCUCUGAUCAAGAGUGGCGAGCUCUACCGGCUGAGAAGGCAAAUGGGAAUCGUCGAACACUGGGUGUACUUCUCCUGCAAUUGCGUCGAGUGGGACGCGUUUGAUCCCAUUCGUAGCCGUUGGUUGCACUUGCCCAAGAUGAGUACGGACGAGUGUUUCGCUUUCUCUGAUAAGGAGUCGCUGGCUGUCGGUACCGAACUCCUUGUCUUUGGAAGGGAGAUAACGUCUCAUAUCAUAUACAAGUACAGCCUCCUGACGAACACUUGGACAUCAGGCAUGGAGAUGAACGUGCCUAGGUGCUUGUUCGGGUCGGCCAGCCUUGGAGAAAUCGGAAUCCUAGCUGGUGGUUGUGAUCCAAGAGGCAAAGUCCUGAGCUCCGCUGAGCUAUAUAACUCGGACACCGGAACGUGGAAGAUGCUGCCAGACAUGCAUAAAGCCAGAAAGAUGUGCUCUGGGGUAUUCAUGGAUGGGAAGUUUUACGUGAUCGGCGGGACUGGACCAGGGAACAUGAAGUCUCUCACCUGCGGAGAAGUGUACGAUAUGGAGACUAGGACAUGGAGGGAGAUACCUAAUAUGUUCCCAGCCCAGAAUGGCGGGACUGGGGUGACUGAGGCUCCUUCUGCGGCUGAGGCUCCUCCCCUCCUUGCGGUGGUGAACAAUGAGCUCUACGCAGCUGAUCAUGCAGCGAAGGAGGUCAGGAAGUAUGACAAGGUCAGGAACUCAUGGUCUACAGUGGGGAGCUUGCCAGAGCGUGCCAUGUCAUCGAACGGUUGGGGUAUCGCUUUUCGGGGAUGUGGAGAGAGGAUAGUUGUUAUCGGCGGACCCAGGGCUUCAGCGGGUGGAACUAUUGAACUCAACUCCUGGGUUCCCAGUGAAGGGCCACCACAGUGGAAGCUGCUAGCCAGAAAACCAUCAGGUACUUUCGUGUACAACUGUGCUGUGAUGGGUUGCUGAGGCUACUGGUGCAGCUUCCUGUGGCGCCGCUUGAGCUCAAUGGAAGGGGCGGCUUUUAUAGAGAAAGGUGUCAGCUGGAUGAAAAGCUGAGGUAUUGAUGAAGACAGCAAGGUGACAGUAGGAUCACUUGGAUGCAAUGACGAGGAGCCUGUUUUCAAAGAGUUCGUAACUGGAAGAUCCAUCUGUCUAGCCUGUCUAAUAUUUAGGUGUAAAGGAUUGAGAACUAACUUUGUUUAAGAUGCCACCUUGUAAUGUAGAAAACGGGAGAUAGUUCCAUUCAUUCUUUAAGUGACUGAUUUUUCAUUUGCUUAUAAUCAGCCGUAGCUCACAAUGUAAUUUUUAGAGCAAUGUGCACUAUGGCUGUAAUGCUGGAUGCACCCUAGAACAUAAUUUGGCCAUUUGUAAAUUCUCCUCUAGUGUUCUAAAGCAUUGUUUAACAGAAAAUCCAGGUGCACUAAGUUUUGUUUUUCUCAAUAAUUAUUAAGGUUGUAAGUUA